ACUAAUUGGGAUAUUUCUCAUCUUUUUGAAUAUUAUGAGAUCUAAAAGUAUAGAACAAAUUCUUAAAAUUACCUUCCUCUUUGGGAGUAAUGAUUAAAGAAGUGAAUUUAAUUCCCUUACGCCUAUCGUCUUUAUCGUGUUUGCCAUAACAAUUGAAGAAUCUGAAUUAUUCCAUUCUUUUCCAUUUUCUUAUUUCUUCUACCAAAGAAAAAUAGAGUAACUAUUUCUUCUCCCAAUUUGAAUGUGUGCGAGAACAGCAAAAUCGCUAUAUCCUGUUUGUAGAAGCUAAUGAUCCAAACUGGAUUGAUCAGUGCAGAGGAACAAUAAUGGCUGCAUUGAGUCGGCCGAUCACCGGCGGCUCAAUCGGAAUCCGGGCGGUGCCAGAUGCCGGCCGCCAUAUGUAUCUCUGCCAACGGAGAGCAGAAUUCCAGCAUGUAAUCUCUCGAUUCCACGGAGGUGAGGCGUGGCGGCGGCUGCCGGUGCAACAGCGGGAGCGGCGGCAGAGGACGGAAAUCGUUCUCAAACCAGUCGGCGCUGCCGCGAGAUGCGGAGAUUCGCGGAGGAGUCGGCGUAAGAUUAAUCCGUGUGCAGUUGGAGAUGUUCAAGGAGUGGAAGUGGAUGGGGAGAAUCGCGGGGGCGUACGGACGGCGGAAGUGAUGGUUGCAGCAACGGCUACGGUGGUCCUCGGCGUAGCCAAUCGCGUCCUCUACAAGCUCGCUCUUGUCCCUCUUAAACAGUAUCCCUUCUUCUUGGCUCAGCUUGCCACGUUCGGGUACGUUAUUGUGUACUCCUCUAUCCUAUUUCUUCGCUACCAUGCUGGGAAGGUUACUUAUGAAAUGCUAUCACUGCCUAAAAGUCCAUUUCUUGCUGUUGGUCUCUUGGAGGCUCUUGGUGCUGCUUGUGGUAUGGCUGCAGGAGCUACUCUUUGUGGUGCAGCAAUUCCAGUCUUAUCUCAGAGCUUUCUUGUGUGGCAACUUCUUCUAUCUUGGAUUUUCCUUGGCAGAAGAUAUAGCAUCAACCAAUUGUUUGGGUGCUUUUUUGUGGCAAUGGGUGUAAUUGCAACUGUAGCAAGUGGAUCUAGUGCUGGUUCUAUGAUGGAAGCUGGGGUGUUUUGGAGUCUUCUGAUGAUUGUUUCUUUUUUAUUUCAAGCUGCUGAUACUGUUUUGAAGGAAAUGAUAUUUUUGGAUGCUGCUCGAAAGUUGAAGGGAGGCACGGUGGAUCUAUUUGUUGUGAACACCUAUGGAUCGGCUUUCCAGGCAGUUUUUAUAAGCCUCCUCCUUCCUUUUUUAUCAAAGUUGUGGGGUAUCCCAUUUCUUCAAUUGCCUGCAUAUCUAAAAGAUGGUGCAGCCUGCUUUUUGAACCUUGGGACCAUACAAGGAUGUGAUGGGGCGCCAUUGUUACCAGUGCUAUUUGUCAUAGUGAAUAUGGGUUUCAACAUUUCAUUGUUGCACCUGAUCAAGAUCUCCUCCGCCGUCGUGUCUUGCCUCGUUUCCACAUUUUCAGUUCCGAUAUCGGUGUUUUUGUUCACACUGCCACUACCGUAUCUGGGAGCCCCGUCGCCUCUCCCUCCAGGUUUCAUAUUGGGAGCAGCCAUACUUGUCCUGGGGAUGCUUGUCUAUGCUUGGACGCCACCCUCACUUCAUGCGCCGCAGCCAGCAGCGCCUCCUCCUCCUCCUCCCGGUUCUCCCUCCACAUCCAAUUGAAACGAAUAAAAAGGAAACAUAGUUUUUGCUCUGCCUGUUUAUGCUGGGCUGCCCGUCAUAGUAUUCUACCACAAGGGGUACAACGGUCCAUCCAUGCUUGACCAAACUUGUUUGUUUUUUUUUAAUAUAUAUAGAUGAGAUUCAAGGAUUCAACCAAAAGGUAUUGGAUUUUAAAUACAAGUAAUAAUUUGAACUCAAAAUUCAAAAUGACUCACAAGACGACAGUGUUGUUCCACACUUCCACCUGUUUAUGCUGGGUUGCCACAGUAUUCUAUUUCUACCACAAGGGUAGAACUUUCAAUGUUUGACCAGACUUGUUUUUUUUUUU